AUGCAUACGCUGCCUCUCUACUUUUAUAUGUGCAGUUUAUGCACGCACACGCAUAUCCGAUCCUGGUCGGCGCUCACUCGACUUGCUCUGCCUCCGCGCUGCCCCUCCCCUCCUGCUCGAUCCGCCUCACCUCCUCCGCCUCUGCUGCUGCAUCGCAAUGUCCCAGUCCCAGAGCGAGGCGGCCAUACGCCGGGCGGGUGCGGUCGUGGCGCUCGCCGCGGCGUCCGUGCUCAUGGCCAUGGGCUCCCCGCUGUCGAAGAGCGCGCGCAUGUCGUGCUGGCCCUGCACGCCGUCCUGCUGCUCGGCUGCGCCGCGGCGCUGCUCUCCCCGGCGCACGGCGCCGUGGCCGACCUCGCGCGCCGGGCCACGGAGGCUUCCCGGGGGACGACGUCCCUCGGCGCGUCGGCGCGCGCGCCCGCCGGAUUGCUGCGGUGGCUCGGCUUCGCCGGCAUCCUGCUCUACGUUGCCGGCGACGUCGCCGCGCUGAACAAGGCCGCGGCGGAGGCAGUGGCGGCGUGGCUGGAUACGGUCAGAGAUUUCCUCCUCUUCCUGAUGUUCUUCGUGGGAGUUUGGGCAGUCUGCCUGUCCAUGGUCAGUGGAAGGGCUGUCCCGCCACCGCGGUCGUCGGCUGUGGCGGCUGUGGCGGAGGAGGAAUACCCUGACGGCGCGGAGGUCAACGCCAUGGAGCCUGCACGUGUCGUUGUUGAUUCAAAGGUUUGGAAUAUCCAUAGCUUUGCUCUUACUUAUCUUGAAUCUCUCAAGAUUAGCCGUCUUAUCAAAGACUUGUGCUCCUGCUCCUACUAA